ACAAGUUAUUUCUGGGCUGGUUUGUGUCUCAGAGCCCCACAUCGAUCCGCCGGUGCGCGCGCGCCGCCGCACGGACACUGCGUCUUUGGAGAGCCUGCUGGACGCCUGCCGUCUUCCUCACUUUCGCCGAAAGUCCUCGGGCGCAGCCAUGAGGUCCGUCGCCGCGCUGUUCGCCCCUCUCGUCGUCUUCUGCGUCGGGUUGACUGCCAGCAAGCCCUCGUCGCGCUGCCCCAGCGGACAGUUUCUGCUCAAUAGUCAGUGCGUCCUGUGUCAUCCCACCUGCUUCGAGUGCCACGGACACGAGCUGUUUGAAUGCACUACCUGUGGAGUUGAUGAAGACGGACAGGAACGUUUCUUUCACGAAGGUCGCUGUCGGACGCACUGCCCCCGGGGACACUAUCCCGACAGGGGUCACUAUGCCUGCCUGCCCUGCAUCGCCAACUGUGAACUCUGCACAGAUGGCAACAUAUGUGCCAAAUGUCGGGAGCGCUACAAACUGCAGAGCGGGCUCUGCCAAACCGCGUCGUGCGACAUAGGGCAGGUGCAGGACCUUGAUACAGGAGAGUGCAUUGACUGUGAAGUGGGCUGCAAAACAUGUUCCACAGGCGACUCAGAUAUCUGCAACAGCUGUGUUGAAGGUUACUUUCUUUUCAGACACCAGUGUCGCAGACAUUGCCCCCAGGGCACCUAUGAGGACUGGAGCAGGGGCGUCUGCCUGUACUGUUCAGCACCAUGUGAAGACUGCAAGAGUAACACACACUGCCUCACCUGUCAGCCUGGUUACUUCCUCAAUGGAGGUGAAUGCAUGAAGCAGUGUCCUCAGCAGACCUUCAGUGACACCAGUGGGUGGCGCUGUCAGCCUUGCCACAGCUCGUGCCAGACCUGCCACGGGCCUCGCUCUGCAGACUGUGACCUCUGUGUGGGUGGAAAUCCUCCCCUACACGGGCAGUGCCCGCAGAUCAACUGCCCACUGGGGCAGUACUUUGAUGGGAAAAACAGCCAGUGCCGCUCAUGCGAUGCAUCCUGCAAGACCUGCUUUGGCCCACAGGCGCUGGAUUGUUCUUCAUGUUUCAAAGGGUAUUUCCUUGACCAGGACGGCUCUUGUGUGGUGAGGUGUCCUUCCGGCUCCUACGCAAACCCGGACACUCAGCUGUGUGAGGACUGCUCGCCAAACUGCGACGACUGCGUGGACACGAGCGAUAACUGCAUCAGCUGCUCCAAAGGCAGCUACAAACUCUUUCUCCAUCAGGGUCGAUGUUGGUCCAACUGCCCAGAAGGUUUCUAUGAGACGGCAGAAGGAGCGUGCGAAGCCUGCGAUAGCUCCUGUCUGACAUGCGAGAUCAAGGCCCAGUGUCUGUCCUGUGCUGACGGCUACUAUUUGGAGAGCGGCAUGUGCAGUCUCAACUGCUCCCUGCAGACGUACCCUGCCGACGACGGCACCUGCAGACGCUGCCCUCCCCACUGUGACAUUUGCUCAGAUGACAGGACCUGUUUCAAAUGCAGCUUCCUCUACUUGAUGCUGAACGGUGUGUGUAAGGCCAGCUGUCCCUCGGGUUAUUAUGAGGACAUGGAUGAGGGCCGUUGUGGUCAGUGCCAUCCCACCUGUGGCAGCUGUUCGGGACCUUUAUCAAACGACUGCGAGUCCUGCUCAGCCUUCAGCCCAAAGCUCUACAAAGGAGCAUGCUCCAAGGACUGCCCCACAGGAACCUAUUACGAGACUGCAGCCAUGGAGUGUCAAGAGUGUCACCAAACCUGCAUGAGCUGCAGCGGGCCAGAAGCAAACCAGUGCACCCACUGUGAGCGAGGGCUCGUGCUGGAUCCCAACACGCUGCUGUGCGGCGUGACGGGAGACACGGACUGUCCGCCGAGGACCUACCUGCACGACGACCAGUUCACCUGCGUGGGCUGCCACCGGCACUGCUACUCCUGCGAGGGGCCCGGCAGCCACGAGUGCCAGACCUGCCAAGUCCCCAAAUACCUUCACAACGGCACCUGCGUGAGUGAGUGUCCAGCCGGUACGUACGGCACGAAGCAGGAAGCGGAUGGAAAGGAGCUGGGGUUUUGUUUGCCCUGCGACCGUGUUUGUUCCACCUGCACCGGAGCGUCACCCAGAGACUGCCUGACUUGUUCUCCAGGACAUUCGCGUCUCCUCCAGCUCUGCGUCACCCACUGUCCCACAGGGUAUUACGGAGAGGGCUCUCACUGUCAGAGAUGCGACCAAUCCUGUGAGCUGUGCACUGGACCAGGACCGGAGUCCUGCAGGGCGUGUCUGCCUCCUCUCCUGGAGCUGCAAGGCACCAAGCUAUGCGUCGAGCACUGCCCACGUCGCUUUUAUCAACUCAACAACCUUUGCAAGCAAUGUCACACCAGCUGCCAGACCUGCUCAGAUGCCUCACCUCAGGGCUGUGUGACAUGUGACUGGGGCAGCACUUUAAAGGACAAAGUCUGCUAUCCACGGUGUGAGGAGGGACGAUACUUUUCUGAGGAGGAAAGCUGCGAGCCUUGCGACAGCUCGUGCAGGCACUGCAUCGGCCCUCGACCUGACCAGUGCCUGACUUGUCACGGCGGUUUUGCCCUUCACGCCGUGGAGAACCGUUGUGCCCGUUGCUGUCAGUCGGGAGGGAAUUACACCAACUGCUGCGUUUGCGACAGCCACUCGGCGUUGUGUGUGGAGGCGCCGCACCCGAAGCCAAGAGACGGUCAGGAAACGGACGUGAACAUGUCCUCCAGAGCCGUGAAGCACGCCUCGGCCGCCCUGCCCAUCGCCUUGCUGCUGGCGGUCGGUCUGGCUCUGGCUGUGUUCACGCUGGUCAAGGCCCACGCCAGGAAGAGACUCUGCUGGAAGCAGAGCUACGAGAGGCUGAGCGGCAGCGCCGGCGUCAGCAUGCCUCACGGCGUGCCUGAGCCCGACAGCGGGGACGAAGUGGACGUGGUGUACACCAGCAGAGGCGGCUCGGUGUACCGACGGUACAGCUUCAUCCACGAGCAGGACACGGACCCAGACCAGGAUGCGGAUGAGAAAACUUGUCUCAGUCACUCUUAGGUGCAUCCAGGAAACAGCAUAUAGUCACUGAGGAAUGUAUUGUGGCGGCUGAUUGUAAAGAGCAACAAGUGAUUUUUAAAUAGGUCAGUGAGUGUUUAGAAAAUGAUAUCUUAGUUUUUUUUGUUUUGAUUUGUUUGUUGGGAUGGGUGUAUAUUUUUAUUCUAAAAAGUGCCUGUAUCUCCAUAAUGCACAUUCUUAGGUAACUCAGCAGGAAAAGCCGGAAACAAUACAUGAGUGUUUGUGUAAAAUUGUAUGAAAAUUCAGUUUGGACUUACUAUUAAAGAUUUAAUUG